AUGUGUGUUACCGAAGCAAACUACGGCUUUACAGCUGUGCCAUCAUCGGCCACUGCCCUUCUCGCAACUGACCCUCCGAAGAUACCAGCACCCUUCACCCCAGUAUCCCAAAGCCCAAUUCCAUCUACGCCCCUCGCCCAGCGCAUCGACGUGUAUGCAAAGGCGCAUCUCCCAGAACCAACAUACAACCACUGCCUGCGGGUAUAUCACUAUGGGCUCGCUAUAAGGCAAUAUCGAUUCCCGGAGUGGACUUUCUCGGAUGAAACAUACUUCCUGGCUUGCUUGCUUCACGAUAUCGGAACCACGAAGGAAAAUAUGAUAGCUACUAAGAUGAGCUUCGAGUUCUAUGGCGGCUUUAUUGCUUUGGACGUUUUGCAAAACUUGGGAGCUUCUGCCACAGCUAGUUCAGCAGCUGCCGCCCCGAGAGAUCAAGCAGAGAGUGUGGCGGAGGCCAUCAUACGGCAUCAGGACUUUCACGAGAAAGGCAAUAUCACGGCUUUGGGUCAGUUGCUUCAGUUGGCAACAAUGUUUGAUAAUAUCGGGGCCUGGGCAGAUCUGGUUCAUCCGUCAACCAUUGAGGAUGUCUGCAAGCACUUUCCUCGUCUUAAGUGGAGCCAUUGCUUCGCUAGUACUAUUCGCGAGGAAAACAGUCUGAAGCCUUGGGCCCAUACCACAGUGCUGGGAGAAGAGUCUCCAGCUAGGGUGAUGGGUAACAAACUCAUGGCGCCGUAUGAAUGA